GAAAGUUCUGGUCUUUCUAGUCCUGUAAAUAGAAAUUGCCAAGUUUGUUUUUUAGUACAGACAGACAGAUUCUAGCUCACACAUUAAAAGACAAAAGCUUUUGUUCUUGUUCUUGUUUUUUUUUUUCUGCGUUGGGUUUGGCGAAGAUGAAUCUUGGCACAUCCGAGGAAGAAUCAGCUAAAGAGAUUCACAUCCCAGCUGAUAUCAACUGGGAGAUGCUUGACAAAUCAAAGUUCUUCCUUUUAGGAGCAGCUUUGUUCUCAGGGGUCUCUGGAGCUCUCUACCCUGCCGUUUUGAUGAAAACUCGUCAACAAGUGUGCCAUUCUCAAGGCUCUUGUAUCAAAGGCGCGUUUACUCUCGUCAGACACGAAGGCUUAAAGGGAUUAUACAGAGGAUUCGGCACUUCUUUGAUGGGAACCAUCCCUGCUCGUGCCUUAUACAUGACGGCUUUAGAGGUUACCAAGAGUAACGUCGGCUCUGCUGCUCUUAGCUUAGGUUUUACAGAAGCUAAAGCCUCUGCUGCUGCUAAUGCCGUUGGUGGGUUAACAGCUGCGAUGGCUGCUCAGCUUGUUUGGACUCCUGUUGAUGUGGUGAGUCAGAGGCUUAUGGUCCAAGGAAGCAGUGGUUUUGUUUGUAAUUAUGUUAAUGGGUUUGAUGCGUUUAGGAAGAUUGUUAGAGCUGAUGGGGUUAAAGGGUUGUAUAGAGGGUUUGGGAUAUCGAUUCUGACUUAUGCACCGUCUAAUGCGGUUUGGUGGGCUUCUUACUCUGUUGCACAGAGGAUGGUUUGGGGUGGGAUUGGGUGUUAUGUUUGUAAGAAAGGGGAAGAGAAUGGGAACACGGUUAAGCCAGAUUCUAAGACGGUAAUGGCUGUUCAAGGAGUUAGUGCUGCAAUUGCUGGGAGUGUUUCUGCUUUGAUUACAAUGCCACUGGAUACAAUCAAGACGAGGUUGCAGGUUCUUGAUGGGGAAGAUGGUAAUGGGAAGCGUGGACCGAGUAUUGGACAGACGGUGAGAAACUUGGUUAGGGAAGGUGGGUGGACAGCUUGUUAUAGAGGAUUGGGACCAAGAUGUGCUUCAAUGUCAAUGUCUGCAACCACUAUGAUUACUACCUACGAGUUCUUGAAACGGCUUUCAGCUAAGAACCAUGACGGGUUUUACUCUAAAUCAUAG